GACGACAUAUGACCUACGGCACCCAUGUCCAUGGCUCUGCGCGCGUUCCGGGCAUCCUUGGCGAGGCGGUCAGUGCCGCUAGCUUGGAGGCCGUGCCGCAGCUUCUCGACCGGCAUGGCGGCCAAUGACGCGUCAGGAUCGGGUGAUGCCAGCGACAAGCAGGAGCCCGGCAGCGACAAGCAGGAGCCCCGGAGCUUCACCCCCAGGGAGCUUCACCAGGCCAGUGUGGAGGCCGGCGGCACGAUCGACAAGGCCAGACAGGGCGCAGGCGCUGCGCUCGCGCUGGGCGGCGCUGGGGUUUUGGUGUGGCAUCAUUGGGCCGCCGUGGCUUCCUUCAACUGCCUCGGCGGGGGGCUCAUCGCCCUGGGCGCUGCUUUGGCCCGUCCUCCGCAACGCCCACGGAAGAAGCAGGAGGCGCGAUUCAAGCUGACCUUGCUGAACAAUGCAGAGCGCUGGAAGACGGACCAGCAGGCGCUGCGGGCCCUAGUGGGCGAGGAGGUGCCGCAGGUCUUGGUCAAGGCGCUUCAGGACGAGGGCAAGAAGGAGAAGCAGCAACUCAUCGAGGCCUUGCAGCAGCGGGGCAAAGACCUCCAGGAGUCCCUGAAGGCCGGCGAGGCGGCGAGCUCCUUGCAGGAGCGGCUCCGUCCCAAGACUUUUGUCUUCGACUUCCAGGCGAACAUGGCAGGAGUGGUGCGGCCAGAUGCCAUGAAGAAACAGCUGGAGGAGUUGCGUGACAUCGUCACUUUCAUCCUCCACUGCUCAAGUCCGCAUGACCAGGCGGUGGUGCGCUUGGCGUCGCCGGGGGGCGCCGUGGCGGACUACGGACUGGGCGCCGCCCAGCUGCUGCGGCUGCGGCACCAGGGGUUGAAGCUCACGGCCUGCGUGGACAAGGUCGCUGCAUCAGGUGGCUACAUGAGACUCACUUCUUUGCAUCCCAGGAUGGCCUGCGCUGCGGACACCGUGGUGGCCACUCCCUUCUCCCUGGUGGGGUCCAUCGGCGUGCUGACCGCCAUGCCGAACUUCUCCAAGGUGUUGAAGAGGAACGACAUCGACUUCCUGCAGAUCACCUCAGGCAAGUGGAAGCGCACGCUGGACCCCCUGUCUGAGGUCACCGAAGAAGCCAAGCAGAAGGUGCAAGAGGACGUGCGCACGGUGCACGAUGCCUUCAAAGGUCUGGUGCAAGAGCAGCGGGAGUCCCUGGACGUGGAACAGGUGGCCACGGGUGAAGUCUUCCUGGGAGCGGAUGCCAAGUCCAAAGGCCUUGUGGACCGGCUGGCCACCAGCGACGAGGUCCUGGAGGAGUUCAUGAAGGUCUCAGAUGUCGUCGAGGUCUCCAUCGCCACGAAGAAGAAGGGGGUUCGGGAGCUUCUGGAAGGACGUAUGGAGGCGGCGGAGGGAGCCUUCGUGAGCUUUUGGCGGCGCAUCAGCGGCGGGGGCGUGUCACUGGAGUCUCAAGACCCCAAGCUGUGAAGUGCGUCUGAAA